AGUUUCCCUUCGCUUAUCGAAGAGAGUGAGUCGUGUUUUGCGUUUUAAACGCAGAGUUUCUGACGUUUGUGUAGUUUUAAAGUGAAUAAUGUGAUUGUGUAGUUCGUUAUGGCCUAUAAAUACCGUGAAGAUUUAGUUGGCAAACGAUUUUUGUCUGUGAGUGGUGUAACGAAAAUUAACGUGAAUAAAGUUUCUGAAUGGGGAUGGAAAGCUGGUGUUAUCAGGGCAGCAUCACUCAAAGAUAACAAGAAUAAGGAGCUACAGGUGCUAGUGGAAUACGAUGGUGUAGAUUGGCAACGACGUGAAUGGGUGGCAGUUUAUUCACGGAGGACGUUUCGAGUGUUUUUAGUGGAAAGAACUUUAGUAUGGGCUCCUAGGCACGUCGAUGGAAAAGAUGCAAAAUGGCCGGCGUUGACGUUCACACCAUUAGCGGCGGACGUGACGUUACAGGCCGACGCUCAACCAGUAGAGUUUCUGCAUGAUCAUCAGCUCCAGUUCCUCGAUUACGCUACCUUACAGCCAUAUCAGGACUGGGAUCCUCGUCUCGUUGGGUUGGACGCAGGUGUAGAUUUAACAGCUUUAUGUAACGAGGCGACAGAAUGGCGUAGUACGCAAGAUGGUCAGAGGAUUCUGACAACGACGCCCUCUGUCCUCGGCGGUUGCAGAGCUCAAGUUUACAGGGUGGCAGGUGCCACUCAAUGGUACACAGCCGUCAUUGUCGGUGUCAACGAGCACACUGGGGAGCUGACAGUGACUGAUGACACAGUGUUAGAGGAGCACAGCGAGGACCCCGCUCUCGUGCAGAUGAGGCUCCUAGGAGAUGGAGUUAUCGAAUCCAUUAUGAGAGGGGAGGUAGUUGGUGUAAUGCCCAGGCGAUCACGUUCCAAUCUUCAAAGAGUUGACCGGGAGAAUACAAAGAGUCCAGCAUCGACCGGAACCAGAAAGAAGGCGGCAGUGAAGAGCAACGGGCAGAUUUCUAGUGCUGAUCCUACGCCUGCGGCGACAGGUUCUUCUCCGGAAAGUGAAACCAACGAAAUUAAUAAAAAAGGUAAAGUUUACCAGUAUUGCUUUACAGUUACAUAAGUAUAUAUCUGUUAAAAAAAACUCCAGACGAUUUUGUUUCAGUCUUCAAAAUUAAAACAAACAGUUUCUUUUGAAUCACACACAGUACGGAAAGUAUAUAUUGCAUUUUGCAUUGCAAUAUUAAACAUUUAAAUUCAUUUUAAAGGAAAGUAUUUUAAAAUUAUUUUUUUCAGCAAACAUUAAACGCUUUUAAAAUAAAGUUAUACGUCGGAAUUAAUCUAUUUGUAUUUAUACCUUGGGGUAUUUACGAGUUUAAAAAUUGAGAAAUUUUAUUAUUAUUACGAGUAUAAGUUUAUUUUAUAGCAUAUUUAAACUAAUAUACAUGUACAUAUUUACUUUACCUGCGUUGAAUCGAUAACAAUAGUCUGUCAUAGAUUCUCAAAUAUUGUAAAAGCCAUAUUAUUACAGUCGUACUAAAAAUAAACUUUAUUCUAAUCUUAAUCUUAGUUGACAGUCAUUUAUAAAACAUUCGCUGGUAACAUGUUCGCUUAUUCAUCCACUUUAUUCAUAACGUCAUAUAAAUGUGUUGUUAUUGAGAUAGGUGAUUUCACAUUCAAAUCAUAUCUUUGUUUGUCCAGCACCGUCUGCAUAUGUAUGGGGCCACUUAUGCUUCGCACCCGGCCAGUAUCGAAUCAGAGGUCACAGCGGACGACAAUACAUUUGUUAUUAUUAUAUCAAUAUCUGAAAUUCAAUUUGUUAUCCGAGUAACGGGGUCACGACGUUUUCGAUUAUUCUACAUAAUUCUUUAUUCAUCUGUCUAAGUUAUGUUAAAUAGUUACAUUUUAUAUACAACAAACAACGGUACAUGUCAAAUAAGUAUUUAUGAUAUUCUUAUAUGAUAGAAUCUCUACGCGGGCGGAAUGGGUUAGAACAACGUGUUUCUUUCUUUCAAAACAUAAAGACAACCACACACGAGGCGUCAGUGCAACCCUCGCUGUUGCAUAGCUUUUUUGUUUAAACACAGGAAUGUUUACGCCUUCACAAGUGUUUUCGAGCUGUUAACUUAAAUAUUAUUAUUGAUAAUGUUUCUACAGAUCUAUUUUUUAAUGGAACACUUAUUAAAACUACGCAAAAACCAAAGUCAAUUAAAGGUUGGACAGUUUUUUCUUUAACAAGGAAAUAAUCACAGAACUGGUUUUGAAACGAAUUUAAUGUCCUAAUGUAAUCUGCUAUAUAUAACCAUAUAACGAAUUAAAAAAAAAAGAUAAUACAGGUGAACGAGUAACAAUCUCCGCGUGCGUCAUCUAGAUAAUUAAACGAGUAUUCGUGGCACGAAUCGGUCCAAAAACAUUUUUAUGGCGGCGCGGCGAGGUAACCGGUUCUGUGAUAUUUGUCCAUGUUUGACUUACGAUUACCGGUCGCCGUGGUCGGCUAUACUACACACAAACCCGUAUUUAUAAACACCUGCUUUAUAUGCGUGAGUGAUCGCGUCCGACGGAUGUGAUUAAUCUCGAAAGAGAAUUUUAUAGCUGCAAACGCGUUCGAUAUUCGAUAGCACCAUUAUUAUAUUGACGUAUAUCCGACUAUGAUGGCGAAACUGAUAAAUUAACGAUUGAAAUAUAACUACAGCAUUGUAGAAGGAAAGGGCAAUAAUUAUACUUUAAUUGCAAGCGGGUGUCUGAUACUAGAUAGUCAAUUUUACACUUGAAACUCAAUACUUACGCCAUUGUUCUGGGAGUAAGUCACGUUCACAUGUUGUAAACGAACAAUGGUUGUCUAUUUUAAAUACGUGGCAUCAAUAGGUUGAAAGAUAUGGCAGGUAACUAGAAAGAGUCAUUUUAACAAUACCACAACAAUCGGAUGAGGUCAGACGCGUCGGACCAGUUCGUGAGUGCCAAGAAAGUCGCCGGUGAAAGUACGUAGACGGUUCUAAUUCGCUCGGUGGCAUUAUUAAAAGCGUUUCAUAACACCACUCGUAACAUGAACCGGUUCUUUUAGACGCGAUAGUCUUUUUUUAAUAUCACGAUGAGAAUGCGCUUGGAAUAAUAAUAGCUCACGAGUAAUGUAUGUGAGAUUUGUGAGGCGAACCUGUCUAUUGUCGUUUGGACCAUUUUAGACGAGGGUCGCGGACAGCUAUUAGUAUUUUGAAUGCGUUUGGGCCAGUGCCGUUCCCUUUUGAAGCUUUUGUCCAAUUUAUUACCAUUUUCUAUAUAACUUUCUUAAUUUCACCUUGAAACAACUUUUUACUGUAUCAGUCGUAUAAUUUUUUGCUUAUUUCAAUAUUCAGAUAUUAAAUGUUGAUAUUUUACACUUAAUUGCGAUAAAUUGCAUUAGCGAACCUACAUGUAAAAGGUCAUUGUACUGAAUUUUGAUAUUUUAAAAACCCAAUUGAAAAUACUUUCGAUGAAUAGAAAACAUUUUAUCGUUAAAUAUAGAUAAUUUUUAUGGCAAUUUUUGUAGGCAUGUCUAAUCAAGAUAAGAUAUUUUAUUACUACUUAUCAAACAACACCUGUUCUACUCAUAAUAUUAUAAAACUGAAGAAUUUUACUCCACACAGAUGCCUAGUUAUAAUUGUCGUUAAAGAUACAAUUCCAUUUACUUACGUAAGUGUGUGAUUAUUAUUGUAAAUUAAUGCAAAUUGUAUUGCCGCCCGCAUGCAAUUGUUAAUUUACGAACGUUAUUUUAUGAUAUGGCAGUACUAACCACAGUUUCACACUCGUUGGCCCUCACAACUGGUUGGCAUAACAUGCUAUUUUGCAAAACUUUCUAUAAAACUUUAGUCAUGCGUGUACACAUACGCAUCUACUCGGCUCGCUCUACUUCAAGUAGCUCACGAAAUGUCCAUAAAGAAAAAAAACAAACGUAAAAGUUAACUUUGUAUCAUACAUAAAGCUCAUGUUUUUUAAAAACUGUUAUAGGCCUAUACAUAACGUAAUACAUUUCAAUGACGUCAACACGAACCAAUUACUAAAACAUCUGUUCUAUCAAAGAAGACACAGGAGAUCAACAUUGAUAAACGAGUUGACUCGAUUUAUAUGAAUAGACAAUUGAACAAAAGAACGAAGUAUAUGAUAGCGUACAUGUGACUGAAUGAUAAUUGUAUGAUAAUACCCUUGUUGUGAGGCGUAUUGAAUAUUUAACAAGAAACAAAGGGAAAGCAAAACAUCUCACACACGUAUCUUAACACCUAGUUGCAUAAUAAUGUUUAAGAGAGUAAAAUUUCCUUUAUAUUAACGUUUUUGAUGAAAUUGACAAUGGCUGUUUCUUUGAGCGCUCUUUUAAAAUAUGUUAUUAUGUAAUUGAACGUCUUAUAUGCGAGUGCAAUGAAAUAUACAUUUGUUAUUUUUUUACACAUCUAUUAUUGAUUCUGACCCAUGACUUAGAUCUGAAAUAUAGAAAAUAAACUUGUAGGCUAUAUUCAGGACGUUUAAUCUGAUCAAAAUUAGUAAAACCCUUCUGCGAUAAGCCAAUCUCGGAUAAAUAUUUAAAUUGGAACAAGACAAAAUUUUUAAUAGACACCAUUUAUUGCUUCCUUGAUAAAUUUCUGAAAACGUUUGAAUUUGUCGUGGGUAAUGAUAUGUUGUAUGCGUCGUCAGGUUUUACUUCGUUGAUAAUAAUCGG